AUGGGCAAACCAGCCGGUGGAAAAUUGACCAUCUACGUCGACUGUGUGUCCCCCUAUUCCUGGUUCGGCUUCACCAACACGAUCCGAUACCGCCCGCUCCUCAACGCAUAUGGAGUAUCCGUCGACAUCAUCCCGUUCUUUCUGGGAGCUGCACGAGACAGUGUGGGCAACAAGUUCACCCCGACACCGAAAGCCAAAGAGGCAUUCGCGAAGCAAGACUCGGAGAUGACAGGGGAACUGUUGGGCCUGAAGGUUGUGCGACCUAAAGAGUUCCCCAUCUUGUCCCUUUUUCCCGUUCGCGUCGCUACCUGGGUCAAGGAUUAUUAUCCUCCGGAGAAAUUCGAAGCCACGUUUCCGGCAUUGAGCUCGGCAUACUGGAGCAAAGGCAUCAACAUAUCGACUCCAGAAGGUGUUCUUCAGGCUUUGGACGGUAUCUUCCCUCCUGAAGAGAUCAAAGAAAUCAUGCAGAAGGCCGUGUCUCCUGAAAACAAAAAGCGAGUCGUUGAAUUGACCAUGAGUGCUGGAGCCUUUGGCGCUCCGUGGAUUGUCGCCGUGAACUCGGACGGUGUCAGGAAAGACUGGUUUGGAAACGACCGGUGGGAUCAAGUCUUUUAUCACCUUGGUGUUCCGUACAGUCCGGUAAGACUCAUACCUCCGGAAGAACUUGAAGCGAAGGCGAAAUUGUGA